UUUGAAUUCAUGUUUUGCUCCCUCAAUUAAACCCCUAAAAUCCUUUCUCCUCCUUCUCAAUCGAUCCAACUCGUCAAUUACGGCCGCCUUCUCUACCUCUGCAAGUUUUCUAUCAGUUUCGAGCAGUACAGGUCUCAAAAUUUUCCACUGUAACCAAAAUCUGCUGUUGAUGUAGCCUCUGGGAGUGGUAAUAAAUGUCGGCGGUGGGUCGUCCUCCGGGCAGUAACCCACCUAGAAGGAAAGAGACAACAACAACAGAUGAGAAUGGUGUACGAGGGCGAUGGCGGCGAAGAUUUGUUGUCGCAUGGUGGAAUCUGCGGUGGUGGUCUUUGGCGGUUGAAUUGGGGGCGCUGGUGGUCGUCGACAAAGGUGACAGAUUUGGAGUCCUUGAUGGCCGUUGAUUACGGGUGGGUUUCCUGUUGGUCCAGCAAAGAUGAGAUUAGGGAUGGGAGAUUCAAAAUCCUGACACCACGAGAAGCUGGACAAGCCAUUUACCUUUCCAAUAUUCUAAGCUUCUUGACGUCCGGCCAUCUACUGAACGCACAAAGGUACAUAUGUAUUGAUUCCUGUUUUCUACAUGAAAUAUGUUAGUAGACUAAUAAUCAUCUCCAAAUUCUCAUUGACCCAAUUUCACCAUUCCGUCUUGAUGAAUAUCCAAGACAAAAGAAUGUCAUGCGAAAUUCUUCUUAAUAGUAAUAGUGAAUAGUGAAAGAGAUUAUGUUAAUUUGUCCAAGUUUACUUUGUCUGAAUUAGUUGUAAUAGUGAGC